UUCCCCAGAAAUCUUCAGUCUUUAAGAUAUCAUGAAGGUAUUCGGACAGAAUAUUCCAGUCUUUGCGCUGCUCUUGGCAGUUCUUGCCAUUCAGUGUGUUAAUUGUCAGCACAAGGCUUACAACGACCACAAGGGAUACAAGGAUCACAAGGAUUACAAGCAAACUCAUCAUGUCCAGGCAGAUGCGAAAGUAGACACUUGCCAGGCUGGCGAUUACUACAUCCUCUCACAUAUCUUGGGACUUUUCACCGCCUACGCUAAGAAAUACCACGGAUUCCAAGUGACCAAAGAUUGUCCCCUGGAUCUGCUGUCUAACCAGUAUUUCGCCCACACGGACGGCGAACAUGUCUACUUCUUCAAGAGAUCCACCGGAACUGUCAACGUGAUUCUUAACCAGGAUGCCAUGAAUUACUACGUCAACUCCCUGAGUCCAGUCGACGUUGAGUUCUGCUUCAAUGAAUUCGUCGGCGUUGACGGAGCCACUCUGUCUCCAGCCACAGCAACUCUGGGUGAGAACCUGAAGGUUCUGCUGGUCAACAUGCUGGAUCAGCGCAACAAGUACAGGCUGUUCAUCAACUUCAACGGAGCUGUCCUCUACCCCGAGUUCCUGCCCCAGCACGGCUACUACCUCAAUUCCAAGACAUCUGCCCUCUGUGACCUUGUUGACGUGAAGGAUGUCAUGGAGUUCAUGCACUUGCUGGAUGAUCAGAGCUCUAUUGUUGUCUACUUGCGCCAACUCACCGCAAGCUUGGAUGUCGGCUCCAAUCAGCUGGACUACGUUCUGCCCAAUCACGAUGCUUGCUGGAAGUACGUCUUCGGAUACUUGUCAUUUGUCGACACUCUGCCUAAUGAGCUCAAGACGCUGUACUACGAGGCUGGCCUCUCCACCAAGAAGGUCGAUUUCGACAAGCUCGCUUUGGUCAGUUUGACUGUGAGCGGACUUUAUACACAACUCAAGGAUUGGCUGUACAAGCUCUGGGUUGAUAAAUACACCAAACAUGGAUACUAAGAAGACAAUUGAUGACAACCAACGCAAAUUAAGAUACCUGGCAACCAAAAUGUAACAUUCAAAUAAAGCAAUGAGUGAAAAUGAAA